AUGUACACUAAUAGUGGAAAUAUUCACAAUCGUCAGAAAAUCCACCCUACACAACCAUCUCCAUUUGGAGUGGGUGGAUUAUCAAUGCAAGCUAUUCAGAGUAUGGCUGGGACUUCUGAAUCUUCUAGAUAUUAUGGUACAUCUGAAAAGGGGAAUAAUGAGAAGUUUGUUUUUGAGACAGAAAAGUCAUAUUUUUCACUUUUGAGAUUAAAAAGAAAUCAUAAGAAAAUUAUUAUUAUCAUUGCUAUACCAGUUUUAAUAUUCUUUCUUAUUGGUAUAUUUGUACUAUUUUCUCGUUCUAAUUCAUUAACUUCAUUUAAAACUAAUAAAACUGAACCUAUGAAAUUAAAUGGAAAAUCUGACAAGUCUGAUAUUCAUAUAUUUGAUGAAGACCAUAUUGGAGAUUGGUCUGAAUUUGAAGAUGAUUGGCUUGAUGAACAUGACUUUAUUGAAGAAGAAGUUGAUGAUUUAGAAGAUCAUGAACAUGGGGAUACUCAUUAUGCAAAUGUCAUGCAUAUAGAUGAUAAUAAUCUUGAAAUUACCAUAAAUAAGGCUAAUAAUGAAAUUCAUAGUACAGAUGAAAAUAUCAAAUUAGAAGAGAAUGGAAAUAAUAAUGAGACUACACAACUAAAUAAAGUAGUUUCUCCAAUUAAUAGAAUGCCUAAGGAAGUAGAAGGAAGUAUUCCUCCUUUACCAUCAGUAGCUCCUAUAGAGUUUGGUGAUACUGAGAUAGUAUAUUUUCCUAAAAUUAUUCAUGUAAUAGGGCGUGUUGGAGACCAAUAUAAUAUAAAUGGUAAAUAUACGGUAAUGAUGCAUCCAUAUCAUGAAGAUAGUCCUUGGGUACAUGGUGGAAGACUUAUAUGGUCAAAAAAGGGUAAAAGUAUAAAUGAAAAUUAUUAUAUAUUUUAUGAAAAGACUUUACAUAAUUGGGUAUUAACAAAUAAAUUUGAUUUACUUAAUCCAGAUCCAAUAGCAUUUUUACCAGAUCAUGGUGUAAUGCCUGUAAAGGGUGUAGGUAGGCAUGGUUGUAAACCCCAACAUUAUUGGUACUUUAGACAGAAACAAGAAGAUGGGUCAUAUAAACUCAUUAUGGAUAGAUCUGUUCUAGUAACUGACAAUGGAAUUUUAUUAGAUUCCAUACCUGGGAUAAGUAGUAGAUUUAGCAAUGGAAGCAAUACAAAUAGUGAGGAAAUAAUCGGUUUGAAACUCCACAAGAACCAGGUACAUAUUGAUAAUUUAUAUGAAAGAAAACCACAUGUUUAUGGAGAAUCUAUUCCAAUAGAUCCAUAUAAAAGAAACUAUGUAUAA